UUAACGUAACUAAUAAAAUUUAGUUACUACAAUAAAUUAUUUAAUUAUUUUGCAACUUCGUAUGUUCAUUAAUAAUUGAACUUAGAUAUCAUAUACAUUAUAUUCGACAGUACUGCAAAUUCAUUUAAUAAUUAUCGUUUGUGAUAAAUAUAUCCAAAUAAAACUAGCAAAGUGAGAAAUGAUUGACAUGCAUUACAUAUGUAUUAGUUUAAUGUGGACGUAACCUAACUUGUUCCAUGAUUGUUUAUUGUCGUAUUUAUCUGUGGUAAUAAGUGUAAUUAUAUUAAGAAACAACUGAUUUUGUGCAUAGGAUAAAGACCGAAAAAAUUGGAAGAAGUUAAGCAGCAAUAUUUUUUAAAAACAACAAAUUAGAAUAACUAUAUAAUCUGAAAUGUACAUUUAAUGUACAAUAUCUACCUUAACUUUGUUAAACGAGCUUUAAAUAAAUCUUCACGCUAUUAAAAAUUUAUCCAUAACAAAAUUUAUUAUUUUAAUGAUGAAUAUUAACUCAGAUAACAAUGAACCAGUAGAAAAAAGAAUUAAAUCUAAUGAUAUAGAAAAUGAUUCAUUCAGUGUUUUAGAGGAUGAAAGCAACACAGAUAAACAUUCUGAAUGUCAAAAAAUGGUGGAUUUAAUAGAUAAUGAAGAUGAAAGUAUUUUACUAACAAAUAAAGAUGAUGAUGAUGAUGAUAGUUUAUUUCCAUUUCCUCCUGACAAUGAUGUUACAGAGAUGUUGGAAGGAGUAAAAUAUCAUGGAUCAUUUCCUACAAUUACAGAUCGAUAUUUUACUGCUUAUUAUAAAUUAGAUGUACAAAGUCCCGCAGAUGACAUUUGUAUUUUAAUGCAUAGUAACCGAAUUUGCAUGCUUACUCUUGCUCGAAGUCAUGCAAUUCUUCAAGAUGAUAAACAUAUAAUAAAAGUAGACUUCAAAGUUAGCAAUAAAUUAGAUAGAGUUCAGAAUAAAGUUUCUGGUAAAAGUAAACAUGGUGCUCAACCUUUACAAAUGAAUUCUAAUAUUUGCAUAAUUACUUGUUCAAAUAAGAAAACGUAUGUUAUAAAAUGUUGUAUAAUUGGCAAAUUGGUAGAAGUAAAUGAAGCACUAAUACAAAAUCCUAAGCUCUUGUUAGAACCUCCACAUAGAGCAGGCUACUUAGCUAUAGUACUGCCAAAUAUAAAACUUUUAGACAAAAUGAAAGAAUCCUUAUUAACUCAAGAACAAUAUGACUUGAAGAUGCUAGAGCGACAAGGCACUACAAAUCACUUGGAAAUAUCAGAAAUAUGCACAUCAAAUACUUUAUUAAAAAAUGACCUAAAAAUAAUAAAUAAGAAAAUUUAA